AUGGCCGUGGUGAAACCUCAGACUAUUGCCAAGAAAGAACUUCCAACAUUUGCCAGCCAGCUGAGUGAGGAUGAGGAGGAUGAGAGCAUGGAGGGUGAGGAUGGUGAGACAGGAAACCCCAGCCCCACAUCAAGCUUCUCAUCAGUUCCCACUGGUGGGGCCGGAGGUGCUCUCAACUCACUCAUGGCUGAGCUUGCCGACCAGGACAACGACGAUGAUGAUGAUGAUAAUGAGGACUACAGUAUUGGAACAUCUCCACCAUUCCAGAACCAGCCUGAGGCUGCCUCCCAACAGCCACUGCUACAGAGUGAUGGUGAGAGCGCAGGCAGCAAUGCCUCUGUGAAAGAUGUGAAAAUUAACACUUCUCCUUCCAAACAGAAGACAAAGAGUAAACCCAAAGGAGACCGAAGGCACAAGAUGUCUAACGGCCAGCCAAACAAUGAGUAUCUGAACGAGUUGUUAGAGCUUCAUCAGCGCAUUGUGACUCUGAAAGAUCGCCAACAUCUGCAGAGAAUAGUAAACCUCAUUGAGGAAACAGGACACUUCAAUGUGACCAAGACUACAUUUGACUUUGACCUUUGUAGACUAGACAAGGUUACAGUCAGAAAGCUCCAGAGCUGUCUAGAUGGUUUAUGA